UUAGGAAGGCAAGGGAAAAGCAUGGGGACUUUCCAUUGCUAGGUAUCACCAGUCCCUUACAUUGGCAACUCUCCAAAAGACAACAGGCAGGGAUACUUUCUCUCCUGAACAGCGAGGUGUGUUUGGACAGAAGAAGUUUAUCUGCAAGUGAUCUGCAGUGUACACAGAGGUGGGAGUUCAACGGCCACCCUGUCCCAUGGUGAACCUCUCUUAACUUGCAUGCGCAAACACAAGAGAAACCAUAGUAAGAAGGAGCCUCCCUUGGGAAGAGCCAGACAGUCCAGUUUGGCAGAACAGGACAGCAAACAGGCAGGAUGUCUUCAGGAGAGUUUGGGGAGCUCACACAGACUCCCCUACAGAAAGUAUGGAUUCCCCGGACCAGCAAGCGCCUGCAGCAACGUAGAGGAUCUUCCGUGCCACAGUUCACCAAUUCACCAACCAUGGUGAUCAUGGUGGGGUUGCCGGCCCGUGGAAAAACCUACAUUUCCAAAAAGCUCACCCGCUACCUCAACUGGAUUGGCAUCCCUACGAAAGUGUUCAAUGUCGGACAGUAUCGUCGGGAGGCCGUCCAGACCUACAAGAAUUAUGAGUUUUUCAGACCUGACAACGAGGAGGCUAUGCAGAUCCGGAGACAGUGUGCACUUGCAGCUCUUUGCGAUGUCAAAACUUAUCUGAGUGUGGAAGAGGGGCAGGUUGCGGUUUUUGAUGCCACAAACACCACUCGGGAACGGCGUGCCCUCAUCCUUCAGUUCGCCAAGGAAAAUGGCUACAAAGUCUUCUUCAUUGAAUCUAUCUGCGAUGAUCCAGACAUCAUCCAGGAAAAUAUCAAGCAAGUGAAACUAACCAGCCCAGACUAUAAAGAUUGCAACCGUGAUGAGGUUGUGGAAGAUUUUCUCAAGAGGAUUGAAUGUUACCAGAAAACCUAUGAACCCCUCGAUGACGAGUUGGAUAGCUCCUUAUCCUAUAUCAAGAUUUUUAACGUUGGCAGUCGGUACUUGGUGAACCGGGUCCAGGACCACAUCCAGAGCCGCACAGUCUAUUACCUGAUGAACAUUCACGUGACUCCCCGUUCCAUCUACCUCAGCCGCCAUGGGGAGAGCGAGCUCAAUUUGCGAGGGCGCAUUGGGGGUGACUCAGGACUAUCUGAGCGUGGCAAACAGUAUGCCUGUGCCUUGGCUGGCUUCAUCCGUUCCCAGUGCAUCCGAGACCUCAAGGUAUGGACGAGCCACAUGAAGCGCACAAUCCAGACAGCAGAAGCCCUGGGUGUACCCUAUGAGCAAUGGAAAGCAUUGAAUGAGAUCGACGCGGGUGUCUGUGAAGAGAUGACGUAUGAAGAAAUCCAAGCUGCUCAUCCACAAGAGUUUGCUCUGCGAGACCAGGAUAAAUAUCGAUACCGCUAUCCUAAGGGAGAGUCCUAUGAGGAUUUGGUACAGCGAUUGGAGCCUGUCAUAAUGGAACUGGAGAGGCAAGAGAACGUGCUGGUGAUCUGCCACCAAGCUGUCAUGCGCUGCCUCCUGGCCUACUUCCUGGACAAGAGUGCAGAGGAGCUGCCUUACCUCAAGUGCCCACUCCACACCGUUCUCAAACUCACGCCUGUGGCCUAUGGCUGUGAAGUCGAAUCCAUUUUCCUUAACGUCGAAGCUGUGAAUACACACAGGGAACGUCCUCAGCAUCUUUCCUACAAAGCUAGCCAGGCCCCCUUGUACCGGCAUUUCCGCGCCGUGCCAAUGGCCAGCCCUGAGCCAACAAAACAACCCUGCCGGAAAGACCUGGGCCUGCCCCCUCUCCCUUGCCUGUUUGACCCUCAGAAUGUUGAUGUGACACGCGAUCCUGAAGAAGCCCUGGACACAGUACCAGAUCAUUAUUAGACGUAUUCUCAGUAAAAUACUUGUUUUCAAAAUCCUAUUUUCCAUUCUUCUGUGGAAUCACUGAUACUAAUGGAGACACACAGUGCUGGCUAGAAAAAUAAAGAUGGGUAUGGGACUGCUGGACCAGCUGAUAAUGCAUGCCUUACACAAGUACAUCUCUCCAAAAGGAAAUUGUUAUACUGGCCUAUCUGUUUCAGUGGACAUGUGGAGCCUUUGUUUCAAACAUCCAUCGAGGAAGAAAAGAAAUGAAAACAAGGAGUAUUUUUUAAAAAAAGAUGAAGCACUGUCUGGACAAAGUCAAAUGCUUUUGAAGCCUGGUUCCUUUCAACUGGAAAGAGGGUUAAGUACAAGAAUAACUGAAAUUAAUAAGCUAUCAAAAUGUAUAACUUUGCCUAGAUUGUGCUGCUUAUUUUUAUUUUGUUUUAACAAAUAUAACUUUCUCUGUGCAAUUUAUGGGGUGACAUUUAAAAGCAGAAAAAAUAGUC